UUUCAAGUUGGGUUAUUAUCUGAAUCGACUGGAAUUGACUGGGUGCCCAAUCCAAUCGAAUGGGUAGUGAACCCCCCUUGUUGCGCCCUUGGUAGUAGUUAUGAGGACCAAUCUUAAACUGAAAAUUCUGAAAAAGAGGGAAGGUAGGAGACGUCUUGACUUAGAAAAGCUAAAAUGUAAGGAAAUGCGUGAUAGGUUAGGUACCUACAAAGAAUGACGGAAUACUAAAGUUCUAUUAUUCCCAACUUUAUCAAAAUACCAAUUUAGAUUUUUUAUUUUAACACAUACUCAAAAUCAAUACUUAUCGCAUACUUUUCUACACUCUUUUUUGUAUUUCUUCUUGUAGAUAUUCAAAUUAAACUUAUUGUCAAGUUGAAAACUGAGAGGUGCAUUUUUAAUCUAUUUGUUUUUUGGUAAAACUCUAUUAGGCUAAAUAUCAUCCUAUUUUUUUUAUUUUAACUCAAACGUCAAAUCAGCUUUUUAUCUCCUAUUACACAUCUGUUUAACGUUUCAGAUAGAUUUUAUGGAUUGUUUUUUAUGUAACUGUUCACUUAGGUUUUCAUAAUAAAUUAAUGACUUUUUCGCCUUUUGUUUGUUCCUUUUUUUUAAUUUUGUCAUAUGUAAUAUCGCAUUUUUUUUAUUUUAACUCAAAUUGGAAUGUUUUGUCUCCACGAAAUUCUACACAAUAUUUUACACUAUAUUCCCUUCGUCAAUGAUUUAAAAUUACUUUAUCGUGAUUUAUUAUAAACGAACUCAGAAUCUAUCAUAAAAUUGUAUGAAGGACGGUCAAUCAAACAUUGGUCACCCUCGAUAGUUGCUAGGGUGUAUUUCCUUAGGUCUGGUCCUCCUGCAAAAUUACUGAAAAGAUUUUUUUCUCACUUUUAGUAUUUGUAUUUCUUCAUUCAAUAAUAGAAAGUCUUUUUUUCUGCAAGUUUUUAAUUUUAUCCAUCGAAUUACAAAUAAAUAACAAAUGUACACAAUACAAAGAAUGCGUGAUAUUGGCGGCCGUGAAAGCCUAGAUAUCUAUUUUUGUCCACAGUACUAAAUUCCAAAUUUAAUUCUGAUAGCAACUUAACCUCUCUAAAGUAUUUUUUAUUAGUCUGUCAUUGAAUUUUUUCUUUUGAUAAUUUUACUUUAUUUUUAUUUUUGUAUUAAAAAUGCCGAAAGGUCUGAGUAUGGUAGCUGCCGACCAACUCUGGAAGGCUUAUGUUGUGUCUGAGGACAAUUCGAAAGACGCAUGGACCAAUAAAUGGAAUUGGAUUUUAGAAGAAUAUGAAAAACUACACCAACAAUUAACUGAAGUUUCAGCGAAGGCGGAUAAUAUUCCAAAAAAAGCCCCUGAUCAAAGAUCCCUUAAGCCGUUUCCCAAUUCUGUUAAUCACGAAUAUGGUUGGAUUAGUGCUAAGCCAGAUUUUCGACUUGAAAAGUACGGUCCUGAUAUUAUGCAAGCUAUGCCUUUACCUAAAAGUGAUUGAACAUAAAUACUUAUUUUUAUUAACAUCAUACAAAUUCUCCCUGACGCAUAUGUAGUAUUUAGUUUAGACUUUUAUAUAUCACUUGUUAUU